AUGACAGAGCUGAAGGCAAAGGAACCCCAGGCUCCCCACGUGGCGGGCGCCGCGCCCUCCUCCACACUGCUCGGAGCGCCUCUGCUGGGACUCCGGGACGCUGGCCCUUUCCAGAAGAGUCAGACCUCGAACUCCUCGCCUGUAGUCUCAGCUAUACCUAUCUCUCUGGACCCGUUGCUCUUCCCUAGGCCUUGCCAGGGACAAGACCCGGACCCGAAGACACAGGACCAGCAGCCGCUGUCAGACGUGGAGGGGGCGUAUCCCAGAGUUGAAGCCACAAGCAGUGCAGGAGCUGGCAGCUCUAGACCCCCAGAAAAGGACAGAGGGCUGCUGCACAGUGUCUUGGACACGCUACUGGAGCCUUCAGCUUCCGGGCAGACCCACGCCAGCUCUCCUGCCUGUGAGGCCGCCAGCCCUUGGUGCCUGUUUGGCUCUGAGCUUCCUGAAGACCCCCGGGUUGCCCCCACCACCCAGGGGGGGUUGUCUUCGCUCAUGAGCCGGCCAGAGGGCAAGGCUAGCGACAGCUCCGGAACGGCAACUGCCCACAAAGUGCUGCCCAGGGGUCUGUCACCGCCCCGACAGCUGCUGCCCCUGACCUCUGGGAGCCACCAUUGGUCUGGGGCCUCAGUGAAACCAGCUCCGCAGCCUGCUGUGGUAGACGUAGAGCAGGACGAUGGCUUGGAGUCCGAAGGCUCCGUGGGUCCACUUCUGAAAGGCAAAUCCCGGCCUCUGGGAGGCACGGCAGCUGGAGGAGGAGCUGCAGCCACCGCUCCUGGGGUGGCCGCAGGAAGCGUCACCCUGGUCCCCAAAGAAGAUUCCCGUUUCUUGGCGCCCAAGGUCGCCCUGGAGGAGCAGGACGCGCCAGCGGCGCCCGGGUGCUCCCCGCUGGCCACCACGAUGAUGGAUUUUAUCCACGUGCCCAUUCUGCCCCUCAACUCGGCCUUCCUGGCCGCCCGCACCCGUCAACUGCUGGAAGGGGAGAAUUAUGACGGCGGGGCCGCGGUUGUCAGCGCCUUUGCCCCGCCGCGGGGCUCACCCUCGGCUUCUUCCACCCAGGUCGCUGCUGGCGACUUCUCCGACUGUGCGUACCUGCCCGACGCCGAGCCCAAGGAUGAUGCGUUCCCGCUCUACGGCGACUUCCAGCCGCCAGCCCUGAAGAUCAAGGAGGAGGAGGAAGGCACCGAAGCCGCUGCCCGCUCCCCGCGGCCGUACCUGGUGGCGGGUCCCAACCCCGCAGUCUUUCCAGAUUUGCAGCUAGCGCUGCCUCCGCUCCCUCCGCGAGCGCCGUCGUCCAGACCCGGGGAGGCAGCGGGGGCGUCCGCCGCACCCGCCAGUGCCACAGUCUCGUCCACGUCCUCGUCUGGGUCGACCCUGGAGUGCAUCCUGUACAAAGCGGAGGGCGCGCCGCCCCAGCAAGGCCCGUUUGCUCCGCCGCCUUGCAAGGCGCCGGGCGCAGGCGCCUGCAUGCUGCCGCGGGACGGUGCCGCCACCUCAGCUUCUGUUGCUUCCGCCGGGGCGGCCCCUGCGCUCUACCCGCAGCUCAGUCUCAACGGGCUCCCGCAGCUCGGCUACCAGGCCGCAGUGCUCAAAGAGGGCCUGCCGCAGGUCUACCAGCCCUAUCUCAACUACCUGAGGCCCGAUUCAGAUGCCAGCCAGAGCCCACAGUACAGCUUCGAGUCCUUACCUCAGAAGAUUUGCUUAAUCUGUGGGGAUGAAGCAUCAGGCUGUCAUUAUGGCGUCCUCACCUGUGGGAGCUGUAAGGUCUUCUUUAAAAGGGCAAUGGAAGGGCAGCAUAAUUAUUUAUGUGCUGGAAGAAAUGAUUGCAUUGUUGAUAAAAUCCGCAGAAAAAACUGCCCCGCAUGUCGCCUUAGAAAGUGUUGCCAGGCUGGCAUGGUCCUUGGAGGUCGAAAGUUUAAAAAGUUCAAUAAAGUCAGAGUUAUGAGAGCAUUGGAUGCCGUUGCUCUCCCACAGCCUGUGGGCAUUCCAAAUGAAAGCCAAGCCCUAAGCCAGAGAAUCGCUUUUUCACCAAAUCAAGACAUACAGUUGAUCCCCCCAUUGAUUAACCUGCUAAUGAGCAUUGAACCAGAUGUGAUCUAUGCAGGACAUGACAACACCAAACCUGAUACCUCCAGUUCUUUGCUGACAAGUCUUAAUCAUCUAGGCGAGAGACAACUUCUUUCAGUAGUCAAGUGGUCUAAAUCAUUGCCAGGUUUUAGAAACUUACAUAUUGAUGACCAGAUAACUCUCAUCCAGUAUUCUUGGAUGAGCUUAAUGGUGUUUGGACUAGGAUGGAGAUCUUAUAAACAUGUCAGUGGGCAGAUGCUAUAUUUUGCACCUGAUCUAAUACUAAAUGAACAGAGGAUGAAGGAAUCAUCAUUCUAUUCACUAUGCCUCACCAUGUGGCAGAUUCCACAGGAGUUUGUCAAGCUUCAAGUUAGCCAAGAAGAGUUCCUGUGUAUGAAAGUAUUGCUACUUCUUAAUACAAUUCCUUUGGAAGGGCUAAGAAGUCAAAACCAGUUUGAAGAGAUGAGAUCAAGCUACAUUAGAGAGCUCAUCAAGGCAAUUGGUCUGAGGCAAAAAGGAGUUGUCUCUAGCUCACAGCGUUUCUACCAACUUACAAAACUUCUUGAUAACUUGCAUGAUCUUGUCAAACAGCUUCAUCUGUACUGCUUGAAUACAUUUAUCCAGUCCCGAGCACUGAGUGUUGAAUUUCCAGAAAUGAUGUCUGAAGUGAUUGCUGCACAGUUACCCAAGAUCUUGGCAGGGAUGGUGAAACCUCUGCUCUUUCAUAAAAAGUGAAUGCCAUUUUUAUCUUUAAAAAUUAAAUUUUGUGGUAUGUCUAUUUUUCUUUUAGUCUGGAUUGUGAGGUCUUGAUUUUUACAAUGUUCUUCUCAAAGCCUUACAUUUAUAACGUAUCAUAUUGUGUAAAUUUCAGAGAGAAUUGUGAACUUUUAAUUGUUUUUCUUUAUAAAGCAUAACUAGAAUUUUUAAAGUGUUUUGUGUAGCCAUAUAUUCUUUAAGAGUUUACAAGAUUGAAAAAGUACUAAAAGUGAUUGCUAACAUAAACUUAAUCAUAUUCAUAGUAUUUCAUACCAUUUAGGUGAAGAUUUUUAACUUUUGCAUCUAACAAAUCUUCUACUUUAAAGGAAAAAAAUCUUACACAUAAAAAUAAAAAGUUAUUGUAUAUGUUCCUUCUAGGUAGCUCCUUUUGUCUCCUUGAUUAUAUUUACAAAAAUGAGCCUUUAAAUAAUGGUAUGCAAAAUUUUGCCUACAUGAACAUAUAUAUACAUUUUUGUGAGGAGGAAAUUUAUAACCUUUAUCAGGUUUUCUAAAGGGUUUUUAGUGCAAAAAGUAUAGAGAAAAAGAGUUUAAAAUCCCUGAAGUAGAUUGAGGGUUUGAUAUUAGGAAAAACAGCUCAUAUAUAUAGACUCUGACUGUUUCCCAGAUUGGAAACACAGACUCUAAGGAAGUUAUUAAGGAAAGCCAUAUCAUUAUGACAACAGUAUUAGCGGUUUUGUAGUUUUUUACUAACCUUUUUUGGGACUUGUCCUUUAAUGAGGCUUGUGAAUCAAAAUAGGAAGUCUGAAGAGUCUGUGGCCUAAUGCUACUCCUUACCAUCUGGAGCAGGUAGAAAGUCACUUAACCUUACUGAUUUUCAAUUUCCUCACCCUUACCACUGGUAUAAUAUAUUUCCUGCAAAAUGUUCCUUUUGGUCAAAGCUUCUUAUUCACUUCUUAAUCAAAAAAGAAAAGAAGGGGAGGGAGGAAAGGAAGAGGAAAAAAAUAAAUAUUCUCUUUCUUCAUUAGAAAGUCAUAAUGAUAAAUCACAGGUUGAAAAUUUUUGAGUGCCUCUUAUCCAAUUCUAAGAUAGGUAUUUCAAGAAAUACUAGAUACUGGAUUAAAAUAAUACAACCAAUUAUAAUAACUAGAAAACACACAAUUCACACUGUUAUAUGAACUUAAAAAAUAUUGCAUUAGAAUAUGGACAAGAGUAUUUUUAUGAGAUGAGUCACUGGAGAGCCAUUUAUUUUUUAAAGAUCUAU